AACACAAAGAGGUUUUAUAACAAUUUAAAGGCUCGGCGGCCAAUGGGAGGAACGUCUGGGCAUCAUGUGACACGGCAUUUAUGUAACACUUGACUGGAAGGCUCUCUUAUUAGCAGGAAUGGAGCAGUGUAGAGAGCUGGGGGAAGGCAAGGGCUACUGAGAGCUAGAGCCACAGUGUGGAGGCGCAAUGAGUGGCCAUGAGGCAGACAGUAUUAUGCUGGAGUUCGCGGCUCAGGCUUUCCAAGCCAAAAACUUCCAGCUGGCGUGUGAGAUCUAUGAGAGGCAACUGAAGGAGCAGAAGGCGGUGGACUGGGGGCUGCUGCUGAAGAGGGCAGACUGCUUGGCAUGCUCGGGCAAACUGGAGGAAGCCUGCGUCUUGUUCCACAGGGCUGCGGCGCACAAAAAGCUGUGUGCGGAGGAUCUGGCGACUCUUGUGUCCUGCAUGGCAGAUCACUUACGGACCAGAGAAGGGCUGCCCGCCCCCGCUGCCCAGCAAGAUGCCAAGUGGGGUGCCCUGACCUGUAGGGAGUGUCAGGGAUUCUGGUUCGAACCAGUGACCUUGCUUUGCGGCCAUACGUUCUGCAAGAAGUGCCUGGAGUGCCAGGCGGGCAACAAGAGUGAAUGCAAAGUGUGCAGGGCGAGCAGCGAGCAUCCCUACAGAGUCAACGUGCUGCUCAGCAACAUCCUCAGCAAGUGGUUCCCCAGCAAGGCGCAGGCUGUACAGCUCAGGCAGGAGGCCAAUGGCCAGUACAAAGACUGCAAGUGGCAGCAAGCACUGGCCACAUACAAUGAAGCCAUCUCUAUAGCUCCUCAAGACUAUUUACUGUACAGCAACCGUGCUAUGAUUCACUUAAGCUUAAAGUCUUACGGAUACGCUUUACAAGACGCGGAGACCGCAUGCAAACUCCAGCCAUAUUGGGUAAAAGGUCACCUGAGGAAAGCACAAUCGUUGGUCAACUUAGGAAGAAGUGAAGAUGCUUUGCAAGAAUUUCUUUUCUGCCUUGCAUUGGACACUGGGAACAAGAGUGCAAAGUCUGAGGCCCAAAAGCUGCUGCUCAAUUUAUUAAGCUUGCAAAAUAACCAUGGAGACUUGCCAGAAAUCCUCCAAACAAUGUCGCACCCAUUGAGAUUAAAGGGAAAUGUUCUUAGUUCACUAAACACCCUGGCCCCUAACAGGAACAUGCAGAGAUUGAAAACACCAUUAUCUUCUCUCACUCAGGUUAAUAUGGAUAUUAAAAAGGGUGUAACCAUUUCAGAAGACACAGAUCCCAAAUCUAGCAGCUCAAUGCGGUUGUCAAGCCAAACCCCAGAAAGUAAACUGAACUGCUCAGAAAAGACCACGACUUUCACAGCAGAACCCUCGGUACUUGUGUCAUCUACGUGCAACAUGCUUAAGAGGAAAGCUUGUCCGAAGGAAACCGGAUGGUCAUCUGAACAAACACCCUGCAAAACCUUGAAAAGAGAUCCUGCUGUGGCUCGCGUUCUUGGGAAUGAGCACUCCAGUGCUUCAUGUGUUGAUUCAUCCGAUCUGGAUUGUUCCCUUUGCAUGAGACUGUUGUAUGAACCAGUAACCACACCCUGUGGACACACAUACUGUUUAAAGUGUCUUGAGAGAUGCCUUGACCACAACCCCAAGUGUCCUCUAUGCAAGGAAGACCUUUGUGAGUAUCUGGCAAUCAGGACAUUUUGUAAAACUGAGCUGAUGGAAGAGCUAAUAGCCAGUUAUUUCCCAGAUGAGCUGAAAGAUCGAAAAACAGUAAAUGAAGAGGAAAUAGCAGAGCUCUCCAACUUGAAUAAGAAUGUGCCCAUAUUUGUUUGCACAAUGGCCUAUCCAACUGUCCCUUGUCCGCUGCACAUAUUUGAGCCUUGCUAUCGCUUGAUGAUACGGAGGUGCAUGGAAACCGGCACAAAGCAGUUUGGAAUGUGUAUUGGGGACUCUGUUAAAGGAUUUGCAGACUAUGGCUGUAUGUUGGAAAUCCGAAAUGUGGAGUUCUUUGCAGAUGGCCGUUCAGUCGUAGACAGUAUUGGGAAAAGGAGAUUUAAAGUAAUAAGACACAGCCAAAGAGAUGGUUAUAACACAGCAGACAUUGAAUAUAUUGAAGAUCAGAAGGUACAAGAGCAGGAAUAUGAGGACUUACUAGCACUGCACAACGCUGUGUAUGAUCAAGCUUUCAACUGGUUUACUGCUCUAAAACUAGCGCUGAAAAGUCGAAUUUUAAGUCAUUUUGGACCAAUGCCAGCCAAUGAUUGUGAUGUACAGGCGAACCCCAAUGGACCUGCUUGGUGCUGGUGGAUUCUUGCAGUUCUUCCACUGGAAAGUCGGGCUCAGCUUCCUUUCCUUUCCAUGACUUCACUAAAAGAUCGCCUGACAGGCAUUCGGCGAGUCCUUCUGUUCAUGUGUCGAUCUCGCCCACGAUAACAUCACGGUGCAGACUUCUGACUGCAUUUUUGCCAAUAAUGCAAGUGUGGCUGCAUAUUCUAGUGGCUCUUUUGAAAUCCACAUGAAUCAACACAUUUAUGUACAUUCACGUCUUUUCCUUUUUUUUAUUAAUUAUGGAGAAGAGAACACAACUGAAACAAAUCAGACUUUUUUUGUAUCAUUUUGGAAACAGUGACCCUUUUUCAAAGUUUUGUUAUACAAAACAUGGGUUUUUGCACAGAGGUACAUAAUGGUGAUUGUCAUUCCCAAUAAUUUAUUUUUUCACUACCUUUAAGCAAUCUUCAGUUUUCACUUUAUGUAACUUGUCUUUGUCUAGCUGCUAUAUUUAUUUUGUUCUAUUCAAGAGGAAAAGAUCUGAAGAAAAGCAAUUGUUCGAAAUCCUUUUUUAAAUCCAUUUUUUUUUUAAAGCAGCCUCUACAAUAUAGAUUCUCCCAAUAUGAAAAACAAAGAAACUGCUCAAAGUGAGUCCCAAAAUAUUUCCAUUAUAUCCAAAAAGGAUCUCAGAAAUUUAGAUUAAAAUAUGUUGGCUUCCAAUGCCCAGAGCUGUCCUCUGCCGUAAUAUAAGGCUUAUAAAUAGCAUAAUGCUAAAUACUAAGCCAAAUCUUGAAUACAGUCCUGGAAUGCAUACAAAUCCAGAACCUGGCUUUGGGUAUCUCAAAGCACUUUAAUACCAUACAUUAAAGCUUAGGAGAAGCAACCGAUCACUAAGGAUAGUGAUUUAGUGAUAGAGAUUUAGCCUCCAUUCUCCUAACCACUGUCUGCACUAAAAGCCACUGAGGUUCUAUAUAAUAUAUACAGCAAGGCUGAAAACCUGAAUGAAUGGGUCUGUACUGUUAGUGUAUUAGUAACUGUCUCUGGAGACAUGAGUCUACUUGUUUAAGACAGAGAAUUAGGUCAGUUUUGUUAUUUUGUGCACUAAGUAGGGUCAUAUUGGAAAUUUAUAGUAAAGUCACAUUCUACUUCCUAUUCACAUAAGUACACUCAAAACUAGUGAUGG